AUCUAUCAGUUGUGUGCUAUUAAGGCUCAUCGAUUUUUUUUCUUCACUAGCAAUACUCCAUUGAGUGCCACACCGCUCCUAUUCAUUAAUCCAUUGACAUUUCAUUUUCAAUGCAUUAAUUCAUCUAACAAAUUCUCUCUAUGCGCAAUAAAACUCAAAGCCACAUUGAGGCUCAGCUCAUGCACUCUCUUCUCUUUUUAUCUAGAAUCACAUAUAUAAUUGAUAAAGGGCAUGCCCUUAUUUCUCCUUAAGAAUGAGACCAAAAUGAAGAAAGACAUCAGAAGUUGCUGCUACAAUGAAGGGUCAACCUCCACUCACAACAAGCAAAAUAAUACUUGCAAGUGGAAUAAUGAUGAACGACUCGAACAUUUUGAGGUCUACAAGGAAAGCAUUGAAUCAGUAUCCGAGGUUGUCACUUGAUGGUGGUAGAGAUGCUAUGAACCGGUCAAGUUUUGGCAACAUACAAGGAAGAAGAUCAGUUUGCUGUGAUAGAAGACUAAAGGGAGGGUUAAUAGAAGAGAAUAAUGAUUUAGGAUCCAAGUUAAGGUUUGGUGAGGGUAUGUCUUUGCCACAUACUUUGGCAGGGGAGAGUGUGGUGUGGUGUAAACCAGGGGUUGUGGCCAGGUUAAUGGGCCUAGAGGCUAUACCAUUGCCAGUGAGUAGCAUAAGAUCUGAUAACAAGGAGAAGAUCCUUUCUGUUUUUAGGAUGCAAAACCCAAGGAGGAGAUUUAGAGAGGCAUGAAUUUUGUGACAUUUCUAGCAAUGUUGAGUUAUACUUAAAUUAGAAGAAGCAAUGCUGAUAUAUUGUAGCUAGUUGAGGAAAAGUUUAAUUGCACUGGGGGAUAGUGUGUUCUAGCAUUCUACUAUUUUAUUUGAUACUGUUUCAAUGAUGCUUCACAAAAUCACAAGUCAUAGGACUAAUGGUGACAAAAUUUGAUACCAUUUUAAUGAUUUUCUGUUUUCAAUUUAUUC